AUGGCUCCAACCAAACAAACACAACCUCCUCUCACCCUGGAUUCCAUCUCCGAAUCCCGCGCCUUACAAACCCUCGAAAUCUACUUCACCAUCCUCCUAAACCGCCAAAUCACCCGGCGCUUCCAACUCGAACAACAAGCCAUGCACGACCUCCCCGUCUCCCAACGCUUCCGACCCGUAAUCCUCCUGGAGCCAGUCCCAACCCUACAAAAACCACAUUCACCCUCCACAAACACACUUGCCAUUCUAAAAACAAAAAUCCACCUCCUCCGUGCCCGCGUCGAAAAAGGCAAAGAACUUGCCUCCGAAAUCGAACGCCGCAUGCAAAACCCUUACAUCACAUUUCCAACACAUUUCUGCCAUACAUGCGUUGUGGACGGGGAAUCCGGUGGCGUGGAGGUAUUACUGACGAAAUGUGGACAUCGGGUUUGUCGGACUUGUCUGGGCUUUGGGAUGGACGGGAAUGGGGUUUAUGAGUGUAGUAUUUGUUUUAGGCCCGCGCAGUUUGUUGUUCGGGAGACGGGGAGGUCGCCUUUGGGGGUUGAGAUGGGAAAGGGCAUGGGAGAAGGGGUUGGGGAGCAGAAGAAGAGGGGAGGGUGUCCGGGACAGAUUGCGAAUGUGUCGAGGAGGUUUGGUUAUGGAGGUGAUGGUGGUGGGAAGGGAUUUGUGAGGCCAUUGGUUUGUCCGAAAUAG